AUGAAGUCCAUCAUUCUUCUUACUAUAGGAGCAUCGCUCGUCUCCGCUGCCGCCAUCAACGGCCCCGGAUGUCCUGCGCCAACGAGAACCCCGACAAAAACGGUCAAACCGCCGCACACGACGACCGCGCCGCCUGACUGCGACAUCACCACUACACAUACCUGCGAUUCUCACUUUGCCUUGUGGAUGUACAAAGGCUACGAAUUUGGUGCAGCGGACGACGACGGUUUGUGCAAAGACUGA